AUGAAUCGAAUUUGGAGAAUACACUUUGCUUCGGAUGUAGAAAGGGAAGGCCCAAACAAGAAACAAAAAAAAGAUGACAUUGUUGUUAGCUCUUCCAAAGAUACAACAUCUUCAUCAGCAUGGCCAUGGCAGAAGAUGGUUGAAAAUUUAAAGUUGGCUCACCAAAAACUUCCCGUUAUCAUUGAUCUCAUUAACAUUGUCCACAGAAGUGAGCAGGUUGGAAUAGGUGACCCAAAUUAUGGAGGAAAAUAUUACAAAACAAUGGAGAAGCCUGAUUAUCUCAAGUUUGAAGUUGCCCAACUUGGUGAAUCCAAAACAUUCGAUGAAGGAUUCCAUGGUGCAUAUUUAAUGAUAGGUCAAGGGAACACCACAUCAUGGAGGCUAUGUGGACUUGAUAAAGACAUUUUUUUGACUGUUUUCUUUGAUAUAUCAUCAAGUGAUAAAGAUCCUUCUGGAAAUAUUGGAUCUUCGCCUGGAUUUGAAGAUGGAGAGUUUGAAUCUUCUAAAAUAAUCCACCUUGCUGCUUUGUUUUAUCACAAUGAGGAUGAUUCCCUCUAUCUUGUUGACUCGGAGAAUCAUGCUAUAAGGAGAGCUGAUAUGGAGAGCAAGAUAGUUGAGACAUUAUAUCCGAAACCUAAUGUCAGUGAGACAAAAAGUGGUUUAGUGAGUUGGAUCAUUGAUAACAUUUGGAGUACGAAUGACAUUCCUUCAAAUUCUGAGGAAGUUGAUCCUAAAUUACUUUUUUACCCCUGUCAUCUUCUCAAGUCACUGGAAAAUGACCUCUUUAUUCUCAACCGCAGUUUUCAAACUUUAUGGAUCUUGGAUCUGUCAUCUGGUAUCAUUAAAGAAGUGGUCAAAGGAUCUGCAAAGCUUAUAUAG